AAAUAAAUAAUUCGGACGAAGUACACACAGAAGACAUAAACUAUUUUUAAGUAGAUUAUAAAUUGAUUAAGUUGACAAUUAUAAAUGUUUUAUAUUAAAAUUAAGUUAUAGAGGGGAAAAAUAAUAAAGAAUUAGUAAUUAUAUCUUAAUUCUUAUUGGUUGUUCAUUGUUCUUACUGUUAAUUUUUGCUAAGUUCACUAUUAUAGUCAGUGCAUGUACUUGGAGAAAAAUGGCUGCUAGACAAAACAGUGGAGAAAACAGGAAUUGAAUCGAAUUGAAGGUCGCAAGUGAGAUGAACAAAUGUAUCAUGUUUUAGUUUUUCAAUAUAGUAAUGUUGUUUUUUUGACAUAUCCUAGAAGCAUAAUACUAAAAUUUGAACAGUUAUAAAAAUUUCCAAGAACUCAAUAAGUGAUUAAUAGAUUUCAUCGAGAAAUUUUAAAUGGAAGGGUGAUCGUCACGAUUGCGAAGCAACAAAUUCUACGACCUUCGGCAAUUAGUAUGUGUAAUGUGCAAUAGUUUGUCUGUGUUGAAUGCGUCGUAUAUAUAAGCGUUACUUGAACAAAAAUUAUCAAAAAUUCGUAAGAAAGUAAAAGUUCAUCGUUCAAAAUGACUAUUUUAUCGAAGAAGAAAACGAAUGCAUCAAAAGACAGACGUGAAGGAAGUAAUAAUUCCGAAGUCGAUGUUCAUGGUGUACAAAAUGAACAUAAUCCUGCCUCAAUUGCUUUACCAAACACACCAUAUCAGGUGCGUGGAACUAAUGGAUUUGCUGUUGAUCUUCAUGCCGUACAGGGUGAUCAUGGUUCUGGCCCUAUCGUUCUUAGUAAUGGCUCAUAUGAGGCAACAGUAGAUCGACGAGAGGAGAAGCAUUUUGAAGAUUCAAGUGGACCGAGCCAUGGCAAACGUCAUCGACAAAGAGCUAGUCCUCAUAGUAGCUGCAUUGGAAGAAGUUCACGUUCCAAGAGAGAACGCGAAAGGGAUAGGGGUCGAGAAAGAGAAAGGGAAAGGGACAGGGAACGGCAAGCAACACCACCUGCAGCUUCGUGUAGUGGUUUACAAGGUUCAGAUGGAGCUGUUAUAACCAACAACCGAAUGAGUAUUGUUGGUAGCCCAUCAAAUUUAGAUGAACUUGCUAAUGGUUAUAAUAGUGGAGAUGAAUAUACUGGACGAACUGGAAAUAAUCUAACAUUAGCAGAAUGGCAAGAGCGUGAUAAAUGGUUUGAGAAACGUAUGCGAAAAAUGGGAUUUAUCGUGAAAAAGAUGGGAGAAGAUGGAGCAUGUUUAUUUAGAGCUGUUGCUGAUCAAGUAUAUGGCGACCAAGAGAUGCAUGGUGUUGUACGAAAACAUUGCAUGGAUUAUAUUGCUUCCAAUCAAGAAUUUUUCUCUCACUUUGUAGCUGAAGAUUUUACUACAUAUGUGGAUAGAAAAAGGCAGGAAUAUGUGCAUGGAAAUCAUAUAGAAAUGCAAGCUAUGUCUGAAAUGUAUAAUCGUAGUAUACAACUGUAUUGUUAUAGCACUGAACCUAUUAAUAUUUUCCAUACAAUGGUAAAGAGUGACAAUGAACCGAUACGAUUGUCAUACCAACGUGGCAGUCAUUAUAACAGUAUAGUAGAUCCAUAUAAAGCUACUAUCGGUGUUGGAUUAGGUUUACCAUCAUUUAAUCCUGGUUCUGCUGAUCGAGAAUUAAUAUCAGAUGCAGUUAGACAAAGUGAAGAGUUACAUAUUGAACAGAACACAUAUGCUGUUUUGAAACAGACAAUGCUUGAAGAUAAAAUAAAAGCUACUGAUUGGGAAGCAACUAAUGAAGCAAUAGAAGAACAAGUGGCUAGAGAAAGUUAUUUGCAAUGGUUACGAGAUAAUGAAAUGCGUAAAGCACGAUCAGCAAGUAGCAGCAGUACUAGUACUGUUACAAGUGCACAACACAGCCAUGCACAUUUUCAUUCCCAUGGAAAUCGUGGACAACAACGCAGUCACACUUCAUCACCGACUACUACUCAAACUAGCCAGGACUCUAUUCGCAAUUCUCCAAAGGUCUCAGAUACUGUAUGGUAUAAAAGGUCUCCACAACAUCAAUCACCUCAAGGUUCUAACAUUACUCAUCUUCCGUCAUCAGAUUUUAAAGAAAAAAUAAUGCCACAAGAACCUGUACCAGGAAGUAGUAAGGAAGCACACACAUCACCUGAUAUUUCGCUAUUUAAUCGUCUUCCUCCGGAAGUAUUUGGUUUGACAGAUUGGGAAGAUAGCGAUAUUCUUUCCAAAGUAUUAGCAACAUCCCAACAGGAAUAUUUGGAUAGUUUGAAGCAAUCAUGUACAUCAGAAAACAACAUUAACAUGAUACAUGAAUCUAACAAUAGUUAAUUUAUGUAUAAGAGAUUCGGUAUAGUGAUGAGAAAAUUUAAAUAUGUCAGAGAAUAUACAUUU